AUGAGCCUCGAACUUGAAUCUAAUUUAAUUGAAUUAUUACUUUGUUCUGAAGUUUUCACCUUUAUGGUAAUCAUCGGUGCACCAAAGGCAGACACAUCACAAUACCAACAAGGCGUGAGCCAAGGUGGCGCUGUUUACCGAUGCGAUAUCUCUGACGACAAUCGCUGUCAGAUCAUUCACUUUGAUUCAAAUGGUGAGUUGAAAGAAUUGAUAUUUGAAAAGUACAAUUAA